AUGCCUCUGCCAACGAAGACCCGCGCGCUUGUCAUUCGUGAAGCUGAGGAUCCGGGCGAGCGCACGUAUCACGAUGCUGUCGUCGUGGAGCAAGAUAUACCACCUCUGAAGCGGGAGGAAGUACUCGUCAAGAUCAACGCCGCAGGUUUCAACCAUAGAGAACUCUGGCAACGCAUGAACCUAUACCCGGGUAUCGUAUUGGGCGCAACUUUUGGUGCAGACGGCGCAGGAGUAGUAGUAGGGGCAUACGAUGAUGGUGAUCCACUCUUGAAUAAGCGUGUUUUUCUUACACCUGCUCGGGGUUGGGAGAAUGAUCCUGUGGCACCAGAAUCUCGCUUCGGCAUCGUGGGCGGUGGAAACCUCCCACCUAUCGGCACGUUCUCAGAAUAUGUGGUGGUGGAACGCGACCAGGUCAUCCCAACACCUGGGCAUCUUGAUGACGUCCAGGCCGCAGCCUGGCCACUUGGUGGUUUGACCGCUUGGAGAGCCGUGAUGGUUCUUGCGCGUGUUGAGAAAGGGCAUAAUGUCCUGAUCACCGGCGUAGGCGGCGGUGUGGCAUUGCUCGCCUUGCAACUUUGCGUAGCGAAAGGCGCCAACGCGUAUGUCACUAGCGGGACAGACGAGAAGAUAGAGAAAGCGGUUGCACUUGGUGCCAAAGGAGGUGUGAAAUACAAGGAUGGUGACUGGCCUCAACAGUUAGCCCAGUUACUCAAACGAGACGGGAAGACGUUCUUAAAUUCGGUCAUCGAUUCUGCUGGGGGUGAUAUCAUGGGGCAAACUUUGAGGCUACUGAAACCAGGUGGGAAGGUGGUAUGCUACGGCAUGACCGCUGUCCCGAAGAUCACGUUCAGGAUGCCCGAUGUGAUGCGUAACAUACAGUUACUUGGCUCGAUGAUGGGCUCGCACCAAGAUCUCCUUGACGCGACGGCGUUCAUGGAAACGCACCGGAUUGUUCCAGUCGUGUCUCACGUGCUUGAAGGGAUAGGUGCUGCUGAGGAUGGUUUCGACAUAAUGAAGAAAGGAACACAAUUCGGGAAGAUCGUGAUUAAGUUAGGAAGUACAAGGCAAGCCAGACUGUAA